UCAAUUUACCUGGCCAAGAACUCGGUCAAAUUAUACGAAAUCCCAUUCGACGUGGUCGGUGCCGUGUCGAGCACACAAAUGGAACUGUUGAUUGCCCGAGUACCCGGUUCACAAGACAAACAAGCCUCGGACACCGAUCUGGCCUCCGUGGGAUCCGCGAUCACAAUGCUACCCGAAGGACAUUUGGUACAGUUGAUCACCGCCUGA